AUGAGUUCCAUGCUGAGCCACGCCGUCAGACACCUCCCUCCCUCCUCAGCAUGGGCUGCCAGGGCCUUUGCUCGGUCGCUCAGCUGCUCUUCCCAGUUACAAGCUGCAGCAGCCCAGCCAAAGAGCAAGAAGACCUUGGCCAAAAGUGGUGUGAAGAACAUCGUGGUGGUCGAGGGCGUCCGAAUCCCCUUCCUGCAGUCGGGCACCUCGUACGCCGACCUGAUGCCUCAUGACUUGGCAAGAGCAGCACUGCAGGGCUUGUUGAACAGGACCAGCCUCCCGAGGGAUGUUGUGGACUACAUCGUGUACGGCACAGUUAUCCAGGAGGUGAAGACAAGUAAUGUUGCCAGAGAGGCUGCCUUGGGAGCAGGUUUCUCUGACAAAACUCCAGCACAUACAGUCACCAUGGCUUGCAUCUCUUCAAACCAGGCCAUGACCACAGGCGUGGGCAUGAUCGCGGCCGGGCAGUGUGACGUGGUGGUGGCCGGGGGCGUGGAGCUCAUGUCGGACGUUCCCAUCCGCCACAGCAGGAAGAUGAGGAAGACUAUGCUGACUCUGAACAGAGCCAAAACCUUGGGCCAAAAGCUCUCCCUCAUUUCCAAAAUCCGCCCCGAUUACUUUGCUCCUGAGCUCCCAGCCGUGGCAGAGUUCUCCACCAGUGAGACCAUGGGGCACUCCGCCGACCGCCUGGCCGCCGCCUUCGCCGUCUCCCGCCGGGAGCAGGACGAGUACGCCCUCCGCUCCCACACCCUGGCCAAGAAAGCCCAGGAGGGGGGCCUGCUGCUCGACGUGGUGCCCUUCAAAGUGCCAGGCAAGGAUACAGUCACCAAAGACAACGGGAUCCGUCCCUCCUCCAUGGAGCAGAUGGGGAAGCUGAAGCCAGCUUUUGUCAAGCCGUACGGAACCGUCACAGCAGCCAACUCCUCCUUCCUGACAGAUGGAGCUUCAGCAAUUCUGCUCAUGUCUGAGGAGAAGGCUCUGGCGAUGGGGUACAAGCCCAAGGCCUACCUAAGGGACUUUGUCUACGUGUCCCAAGAUCCAAAGGACCAGCUGCUGCUGGGCCCAACGUAUGCUACUCCCAAGGUGCUGGAGAAGGCUGGGCUGACCAUGGCUGACAUCGACGUGUUUGAGUUCCACGAAGCCUUUGCUGGGCAGAUCCUGGCCAACCUGAAGGCGAUGGACUCGGACUGGUUUGCACAAAACUACAUGGGCAGGAAGGUGAAGGUUGGAGCCCCUCCUCUGGAGAAGUUCAAUAACUGGGGUGGUUCCCUCUCCCUGGGACACCCGUUUGGUGCCACCGGCUGCCGUCUGGUCAUCACUGCUGCCCAUCGACUGCAGAAGGAGGGGGGGCAGUAUGGCCUGGUGGCUGCCUGUGCUGCAGGAGGGCAGGGCCACGCCAUGAUCGUGGAGCUCUACCCUCAAUAA